UUUUUAACAGCGUUAUCAAGUCGUUAGGGUGCGUGAGGCGGAGGAGCAAGUGCAGGGGAUCCAUCGGUGGGAGACCCUUAGAACCUAGCUAAGAUGGAAGAGGAGGUGAGGAUGCUUCUCCAGGACGCUUUUGGCGAAUUAUCAGAUGGCGAAGGCGGCGAGGAAGCACAAGAACGGAAGUCCCAAGAUUUGAACAAGCUCUCGAUUUUUGGUGAAAUCCAAAACUGGGAAAGAAUUGAGCAAAUUAAGGGCUUAUGGUUAUGCAGGGACUUCCUAUCUCCCGAUCAACAAUCUUCGCUGCUCUCCGCAAUCCAAAAAGAAGGAUGGUUGAGUGAAUUCUCUGGAAAUCAGGCCAUGAGAUUUGGAAAUCUUCCCCAAUGGGCCAUUGAACUUUCCAACUCCAUUAAGGAGGCUGUUUUCGUCGGUCAUUAUCUCUCUGAAUCCAUGAACUUACCAACUCAUGACAAAGGUAAAGAGGCCUACCCCCUUCCACCAGAAUUGUUGUGGAGGGAACCGCUAUUUGAUCAACUUAUUGUGAACACAUACCAACCAGGUGAGGGAAUUUGUGCGCAUGUUGAUCUGAUGCGCUUUGAAGAUGGAAUUGCCAUUCUUUCUUUGGAAUCAUCCUGUGUCAUGCACUUUAGUCUAGUUGAGGAUGAGUUAUCUGAUUAUAGAGAGGAGAAGGCGGGCAAAAAUAGUUCUUCUGCAAAGAUCCCUGUGCUUUUAACCGAAGGAUCGUUGGUCCUAAUGUGGGGAGAAGCACGCUACUUUUGGAAGCAUGAGAUUAAUAGGAAGCCUGGUUUUCAGAAGUGGAUGGGGCAAGAAAUUGAUCAAAGAAAGCGAACCUCUAUUACAUUGAGGAAGCUUUGCUAAACUACACCAUAUUCCGUGGUAUAUCCCAGCUCCACAUCUAAUUUUCAGCAGCUCGAUUCUACUUUGCUGUGGUAGUAAUUAUCGCGUGUAUAUGAAUAUCCUUCCCGUCGCCCAGCGGUUGGGAAGGACUAAUUGGCUAUUGCUUCAGGUGAGAUCAAUAUGAUUUAAGCUUUUGGGAGUCGAGGCUUGAUCUCGGGAGCGCGAUAGACUGUCCGUUUGUUCCUUUAAGACAAAACAACUCACUCCUUGACCAGGGCCUUUUAUUCUUUUUCACUGGUGGUUCUUUCUACUUGUAUUCUAUUCGGUCAAUGCUCCAAUUUCCAACGGCCCACUGUGAGGGCAAGACAUUCCUGGCGAACAUAUUAUUGUAAUUUAUAGCCCCUCGAAUGUAAAACUAUAAUAGCCAAUCGAAUGCGAGGGUAAUAGAAUGUCUCAAGCGUGCUUUCUGAUA